AGGCCUGCAGGGGGCCGCCCCGCGAGGGGAUGGCGCCCUCGGGAGCAGGCAUCUCGGGGCCCAGACCCGCGCAGGGUGCCAGGGCCAGUUGGGGAUGCGUUGCCGUUCUCCCCGACCCUUUGGCCCAGUUUCUCGGACCCCAGACCCAGGGGUGUGGGGUUUGCCAGCCACAAGGCCCCUACGUUCAGGAGUGUAUCUUGCAGUCUUCUAGGAUCUCCAGAGUGAAACUGACUGGACAGGACUCUGACUUGGACGGACCAUGGAACAGUAUACAGCAAACAGCAAUAGUUCAACGGAGCAAAUUGUUGUACAGGCUGGACAGAUUCAGCAGCAGCAGCAGGGUGGUGUCACUGCUGUCCAGUUGCAGACUGAGGCCCAGGUGGCAUCGGCCUCAGGCCAGCAAGUCCAGACCCUCCAGGUAGUCCAGGGGCAGCCAUUAAUGGUACAGGUCAGUGGAGGUCAGUUAAUCACAUCAACUGGCCAACCCAUCAUGGUCCAGGCUGUUCCUGGAGGACAAGGUCAAACCAUCAUGCAAGUACCUGUAUCUGGGACACAGGGUUUGCAGCAGAUACAGUUGGUCCCACCAGGACAGAUCCAGAUCCAGGGUGGGCAGGCCGUGCAGGUGCAGGGCCAGCAGGGCCAGACCCAGCAGAUCAUCAUCCAGCAGCCCCAGACGGCCGUCACUGCUGGCCAGACGCAGACACAGCAGCAGAUUGCUGUCCAGGGGCAGCAAGUGGCACAGACUGCUGAGGGGCAGACCAUCGUCUAUCAGCCAGUUAAUGCCGAUGGUACCAUCCUCCAGCAAGUUACAGUCCCUGUUUCAGGCAUGAUCACCAUCCCCGCAGCCAGUCUGGCAGGAGCGCAGAUUGUUCAGACAGGAGCCAACACCAACACAACCAGCAGUGGGCAAGGGACUGUCACUGUGACACUACCAGUGGCAGGCAAUGUGGUCAAUUCAGGCGGGAUGGUCAUGAUGGUACCUGGUGCUGGCUCUGUGCCUGCAAUCCAGAGAAUCCCUCUCCCUGGGGCGGAGAUGCUUGAAGAAGAGCCUCUCUAUGUCAAUGCCAAACAGUACCACCGUAUACUUAAGAGGAGACAAGCCCGGGCUAAAUUAGAGGCAGAAGGGAAAAUUCCAAAAGAAAGAAGGAAAUACUUGCAUGAAUCUCGGCACCGUCAUGCCAUGGCACGGAAGCGUGGUGAAGGUGGACGAUUUUUCUCUCCAAAGGAAAAAGAUAGUCCUCAUAUGCAGGAUCCAAAUCAAGCAGAUGAAGAGGCUAUGACACAGAUCAUCCGAGUGUCCUAACCCCAGGCCCUGUGAUGGAGCUGAUCAAGGCCAUAUUCCUCACACUGUUUCCCACUGUUCCAGGGAAAUUGAUCAACUCUUCCAAUGGGACACUGACGAUCACAUUCUGCCCUUUUCUACAGGACAGAAACCACUUAGUUUUUAAUAAGUGGCUCAGUAUUAUAAUUGCAAGGAUGUCUGGCAAACCGAAGUUGCAAGCCUUUGUCUCACCCUUUCAGUCAGGACUUAUCUCAGACUGUUGCUGACAUUGACAUUUCAUGGAUUGGGAUGAUGCAAGGGGCUCAUGCCAGCCCAGCAGUACACACAUAGCACUUGUGUUGACUGGUGAUGCCAGCCAUCUGAGCAGAGGAGAACCACCUUCUCAACCUAAACUUUGACUGGGGAAGCUGCAGCCCAUUACAUCCCACGGAUUCUGAACAGCACCCAUCCCUCUAAUGGGAGAUCUCAGACUGACUGAUGACCUUUUGCAUUCAGAGAUGGUUUCCAGGCAAGGAAGCUCCAUCUUCUGAUAUGGAAACAAUAAAUUCUCUGAGAUACAUUCAUCUAAUCUGUGGUAAUAAUAAGAAUCUCUUCUACCCAGAUGAUAGGUUGGGAUUUUUGGACUCCAGCCAAGAAAAAGCUAACUCUGGGGAUAGAAUGAUAAAAGAUUCAAGCACUAAAAACAUAAAUUGCUGGAUCUCUCAGCUUUCACAAGGUGUGGUCUACUUGUCUGUCUGGUGACAGGUCAUAUGGACCAUAGUUCUUGCUGAGGCUACUUGUAAGACGAUUUAGAGGGUACUGGACCUUGAAACUGCCUUUCCUUAGUAGAAAACAAAAUUAUACAGCUUCUGUGCUGAAGUACUGAGGACAUGUAUAGUAACUCCAAAAGAGCAAAACUAGAAAUUUUCAAUCAUAGGCUUUGUGACAGCAUUUGGGGAAUAGAAAGGUUCGUGUGUGUUUCAGUCCAGAAGGACAAAGAGUAGUAUAUAUACCCUUGUGAUGUCAUAUAGCAUGAUUUGCCAGUGGAUGGAUGCCUGGGAUGGAUCAUUAUAAUGAAGAGAAGAAUUUACAUUUAUACUCUAACCUUUUAACAAGCAUGGAAAGGAAGUCUGAGAUUUGACCCUUGACAGUUUCUGGAAAGCACUGUUCAGUCAAGCUGGCCGGGACCGAACCCAGGUUGCCUGUUGGAGUGUGAGGUGGAUGCUGGCUUCAGUCCUGCUGUGCUGUGUGCUGGCCCCAGAGUGAACAUUCUCAUUCUUCCAUGGCAGCUGAUUCUUUGGUACAAGUUUCCGUUCGUUUCCCCUUUUCUCCAUAGGUCUUGUGCAGAAAGGCUUUCACUUUGCAUCCAUGUUCUGGAGAUAAAGUGCAGACUGGAGAUAGCGAUUCCUGCAGGGUCAGGAGCAGGGCCGAAGCCCCCAAAGUGGGCUGUGCCUCAGAAAACCUCAGAAAAAAAAAUGUUUCUUUUCUAGAUGUGGAACCCUGGGAGAACAAGGUGAUUUCAGAAGAGCUGCUGUUUUGUUCUUUUUUUAGAAACAAGGAAAACUUUGUAAUUCUUUCAAAGAACAUUUGGUUUUGAUUUCAAUACCAAGACUAGAAAUUGGCUCUUCCUUUGAUAUCUCUCUGGCUGUAUUAAGAGGAAAAAGAAAUUAAACCCACCAAAGAGAACAUCACAAAAGGAAAUCAAUGUAAUGGUACAAAACAGAGGUACAGAGCUGUGCAGAGAAAGCAGGAAGUGAAGUAUCUCCCUACUCCCUUGAGUCUACUCAUCUGUCCUGGCUUCCAGAUGUCAGAAGGGGUUGACCCUUUGGUGUUGACUUUAUUUGGUAAGCCCCAGGUUCUUCAGAUGACAGAUGACUAAAAACAAUGAGGAGUUUUUAUCCUUUGGUUUUGUUUAGGAGUCUUCAAGAUGCAGAGUUCAGAAAGAAAUUCCUCAGACCUAAUUUCUAGUACUUAAGCCAACAACAACAGUUCUAAAAUGCUAUUUAUUUGUGUCUGUAAGAUUGUACAUAUACUACCAACCUCAUACUGUUGUGGAUUUUUUUCUCACAAGUUUGGGUUUUUUUUUUUUAAAUGAAAUGCUUCAAUUGUCAUUUUGUCAUUGCAUUUCAGAUAGCUCAUGACCCUUUUAUUGUGGUCAUUUUAGCACAUAAUAACCCACAAAGUGGGGGUGAGGUUUGGAUUUUUUUCUUUGUAGUUCUUUUAUUCAUUUGUCCUUGUGACUGUAGUGAUGCAAAAAGAGUGAAUGGAUGAGUGAAUAAUUGGUUUAAUACAUAGUUAUUUUACUUAAGUGCUUUUUUUGGCAGAAUAAUUGUAAAUGUAUAUAUUUUAAUUGCACUGGUACAUUGAACAUGUCAGUAUCUAUACCACUGGACCAACAGAGCAUUUUUAGAGCAUUUUUCUGGCUAAUGGAUGUCUGGUAAUAAUGUCUUGAUUUUCCUUCGGGACUCAACUACAGAGAAGGGUUUGGGUUUUUUUCCCCCUCAGCAGUGGAAGAAGCACAGGUGAUGGAUCAUUGAUGUCAUUUCAAUUGUUAUUUUUUAAAAUAAAUAUAAAAAUGCUAAAAAGUGUCUUGAA